AAAGAUUUAGCUGACCCGUGUCUGUCGGGGAGCUAGGUUAAGUUAAAAGUCAACCUCAAGUAGGACACUCCGUAAACUUGAGACUUGUGGUUUGUCCGAAACAGAGGACACGAGAAAGUCCUAUAGUAUCCACCAACUGGACACGGCGCGCUCUGCAGUCCGUGCGUAAAACUAGGUUGUAGGCAGCGUAUAUAAACGCAUAGGACGAGUUGCGAUGUUUUCUAUUAAGCUCUUGAGAAGCUCACGGGCUGUCCACCUUGCAAGGCCGCUGCACACUUCUUCUAUCGCCAAAAUGCCGAUUCAGGUUGGUGCCCCGCUUCCAGCUGUGGAAGUCCACGAGGGUGAGCCUGGAAAUAAAGUGGCAAUGGAUCAACUUUUCAAAGGAAAGAAGGGAAUUCUCUUUGCUGUUCCUGGGGCUUUUACUCCUGGAUGCUCCAAGACACAUCUCCCAGGUUUUGUGCAACAGGCAGCUGAGUUGAAGGGUAAAGGAAUUCAAGAGAUAGCUUGCAUCUCAGUGAAUGAUGCAUUUGUCAUGGCGGCCUGGGGAAAGGAACAGGGAGCUGAUGGCAAGGUCCGAAUGUUGGCUGACCCCACUGGAGCCUUUACUAAGGAAGUUGACUUGAUACUUGACAGUGAACAACUUGUACAGGUUCUUGGAAAUAAACGAUCAAAGAGAUAUGCUAUGCUGGUUGAAGAUGGUAUUGUGAAGAAGAUAAAUGUGGAACCUGAUGGCACGGGAUUGACUUGCAGUCUGGCUUCCUCAAUUUUGUCUGACCUGUAGAUGCAAUAAAAGUAUGAAUUGUAGGCUAUAUGCCACAUUGUUCUCUGAUGCAAAUGCCAGUGGGAAGUGUUUGGGUGUUCAGAAAACAAAUACGCACAACUAUCAUAUACUUGAAGGGGGUUAUAUCAUCAUGUUGUAACAUAAAAUGCUGACUUGAGUGCAAUAAACAUCAUAUGUACAAGAGUA